UCAAUUAGUAGACGUCUUGUGGAGCGGGACGACUACCAGAGAAGAAAGAGUGAGCGGAGAGAGACGUGGGCGAAGAAAGAGAUCAGCCAUGGCGUGCAGAAGCGUUGUGAUGCGCUCGAUGCUGUUAUCGGAGCAGCCAUGGCGACCCUCCUGCCGCCCGAUCCUCGGCGCUUUCCAUUCGGUCGCUACUCCUCUUGUCCGGCCUCGAGUUAGGGCUCCGUUCGUAGCCGCUCCUCUUCGGUGCUCCCACGGCGACGCCCAGACGCCGGCCUCCCGUUCGUCCUCUCCUCAGGACGACCAGGGCCCUCCCCAGGAAGCUGUCCUCAAGGCCAUCUCCGAAGUAUCAAAGUCUGAAGGAAGGGUUGCACAAACCACAAAUGUUGUUAUUGGUGGUACAGUGAUGGAUGAUUCUACUGAUGAAUGGCUUGUUUUAGAUAAGAAGGUUAAUUCAUACCCCACGGACAGACGGUUUACCGCAAUAGGAACUGGGGGUGAUGAAUUUGUCCAAUCAAUGGUUGUUGCUGUUGAAUCUGUGAUCCAAGAACCAAUUCCAAAGGUUUGUGUGUUACUGUUCUGAAAAAAAUAAAACAUUCAUCAAUGUAGAAUUGUUAGGCUUGCAAAGUUUUACUGGUUUAUAUGUAUUGUGCAAGGCAAGACUUUAUAGUCGGUAACUUUUCUUGCAAUUUUUUAAGAAGCCAACCUAAAUGAUAAUGGUAUUAAGGCAUGAAAGACAAGUGUUGCAUUACUACUAAUAAAGCAAGACUGAAGAAGUGAAUAAAUUGAGCUUAAACAUGCGAUUCCCUUGAACUAAAGAUUGAUUCUUCGGUUUCUUCAUGCUGUCUUGUAACUGUAUCAUUAUCAUUUCAUGGGCUUGGUAUGACACUCUGCAAUACUGAAACUAUACAGUUGCACUUGCAGUCAAUCUGCUGUUGGUUUAACUUUUUCUUUUUUAUGUACAUCCUAGAUCUCCUACAUCUUGGAAUUUAUAAUGAAGAUGGUUUUGAUUGUAUAGUUUAACUUGGAGGAAUUCAGAAAGGUCGUAAGCAGACUGCAGACCUAGAGUGGGCAAUACAUGGUUUUAUAAGACACCAGGAAAAUUUUGGAAGAACGUGAUAUUCAUGUAUAACCUUAUGAUGCUUUUCUAGACUUUAGAUACCUCAGGAGUUCUUUUCUGCCAUUUACCAACAGGAUCAUUUCUAUUUUUACAUUAUUUAUUUAUUAUUUUUAAGUCCAUAUUAGAAUUUGAUUAUGAAAUUUUCAACCCAUGAAAGUUAGAUGUUUGGUGGGUUCAUGUGUUGUUUAUAAGAAUGAGUUGCAACUAGUUCCCUAUGUUUGAAGCACUGUACUACUCUUUCUGCUUAUACUAAUUAGUAUGCUUGUUCCUAUUAUAAGUGAAAAUCAUGAUGUAUUCAAAUUUGUGUCGUGUAUUCAACUAGUCCCUUCUUAUAUAUCCUUCCCCCAAAGAUCAUCCAUCUUAGUAAUAUAAAAAUUCAUCAUUCCAACCAGUUGAUCUCAUCCUUCUUCUCAUGUGGGCUCCAUGUUGGUUUUCCUACUUUCUUAAGUUGGUUCUGGAAUUUGAUUUAACCAGUUUCUCAAAGAUGUAGGAGAGAAGGUUUUGAGAUCAGUGGCUCAGGGGUUUUGUCCAGAUGCUGGAACAGUAAUUAUCAUUAUUCCAUACCAUGUCAAUGCUCUGGAACUAGUUGACAUGGGGAUGGACGCUUGCAGAAAUAAUACAUUAAACAUAAGUUAAACCAAUGCACAUAGCACAAUUAUUGUGCUUGCCAACACCCAGGUAUUAGCAUUGGUUCCUUAGCAUCAUGUUGUACAUGCUUUUAAGAAAAAAGGUAUUUGUAAAAUUGGGAGUGCCUAUAUUGUGCUGUGAUGCCUACAUAUAUGAUUAAGGGACCUUAACUGGAAUUGUAUUAGCUGCCCACUAUGGAGCUGCAUGAACCAGUACUUCAAAUGCUGCAACCAAUUGUAUUACUUUCUUAGGCGCUGCUUGUGAUAAUUGUUUUAACUUUCCAGACUUGGUGUAUGAUUUAAGUCUACAUGGUUUGCUACAGUACCUAUAUAAAGCAAUUUUCUGAAAGUUAUGUGAAUUGCUGAUGGAAUAGCUUAUCUAUUUUGCUGUUCUUUCAUCAGUUAUGCAGUAACAAGAUUUGCAUCUGCUGGAAUAUUAGGUAGCCUAUAUUACUUAACUUUGAUUUUUUACAAGACUGCUUGCAGAAGCUGUCUUCUUGCUGCACCGAUUACUCGUACUCCUUUUUCUGUGGCUUGUCUGUAUAUAGUGAUCUCAAUGGUUCUUUUGCUCUUGUUUCUUUGGUCCUUUCUUCUUGUCAAUUCUUUUUUAAUUCAUAUCCUCAAGAAUACUAGUUUAUACCAGAACACAUAGGUUAGUGGAACUCGAUCCAAGAUUUGGAGGAACACUUAUGAAGUGAUUGUCAAUCUUGAAAU